GUCAACGCCAGCGCCAGCAGCAGCAAACAGCAGCACCAACCAACACAAAAUCGAAACCAAAAAACACCAAGAAGAAAGAACAUUUUCUUGAUACUGAGACUGAGAGCCAGAGCCAGAGCAAUAUUUGGUUUUGAAUUCAGUUCGACGAAUUUUCUCAAUUGAGUUGUGGUGUGUUUGCGAAGACGGAUUCGGUGCGUUCGGAUGAAGAAAUUGAGAAAUAAAAAUAAUUGCAAGUUUUAUUCAAAAAGUCAAUAAAACUUCUUCUUACAACAACCAACCGAGUAUCAUCUCUUUGGUGAUAUUGAUAUUAUAAAAAAAUAAAAUUGUUAAACUAGAAUUUGAUUUGUUAAACUACUUGGUAAGGCACAGUCUCGUUGUUUGUGUCUUAAAUUAAAUUUGGGUGUUGUUUGUUGUGUUGAAAAAUGUAUGUGAAUUAAAUUAAAAAAAAUGUUCAAAUAAUGUGAGCAUAUAAAAUACGAGUAGUAUUCUGUACUAAAGAGGAUCAAGAAUUCGUGUAGUCUCUUGGAAUUCAUCUCGAUCUCAUCCUCCGCCAGUUUAGGGGAGUCAUCAUAAUGGCUUCUUUACUUUACGGACCGGGAUAAGUUAAAAAAUGAAAUGAUAUGAAAGUCCAAUUAAAAAUGCUGUUUUAAUUAAAACGAAUAAGAAUAAGAAAAUUCUCUAAAUUUCUCGCGAAAAGUGCUAAACAUAGAAAGGGAUUUUAUUUUUUGUACAAAAUUCCAAAAGUGAUAAUCAUAAUACAGUGCCAGGGUAUUUCACUCCCAAGAAAAGCCAUCUGGGAAAUCAAGGAAAAAAUCAGUUCUACUUGGGAUCUCUCUACACCUUUUCUACCUGUCUCUCUACCUUUCAAAGGGCUGACGAGGACGAGUACGAAUACGAGUACGAGGACAACGACAACGACGGCAACGGUAACGGCCAAGAAAACACAUACACAGGAGAAGCAAAGAAUAGGUUUUUUCCUUUUAGGUUGGCAAAAAUAAAAAGCAAAUAAAAAAAGAUUAAAAUAAAACAAGUAAAAAGGAUAACGACACAAGAUGAAGGAUUUAUUUUGGAUACCUCUGCUAGCUCUGCUGUUUCUUUUAGACCGAUGUCGAUCUGUCGAGGUUCAUUUUGAGGCAGCCGACAGUGGAUUUUUUCUAAAGCAUUCACCACGACAACCACCAGUUAGUCCUGAGAUAUCAAAUGUUCAAUCUUCUGCGCGGCCACGAAUUACCCAAGACUCGGUGCUGUCCAUCGAUCGAUUCACAGUCGUGCAGACGACCCAGCCAGUAUCAAUUAGAGCAAGCUAUGGACCAUUCUCAACAAAGCAGACGGUGCCAGCUCGGUACAUUGUUCCGGAUGCUGUUGAAACCCAAGGAGAUCAUUUAAACAAUACCACUGUCGCCCUCAUGGAAUUGCAACAGACAAAUCUGCAUCUGGAUAUAUCGGCGCAUUUGGUGCGCACGACAAUACCUCGUGACUCGCCCGUUCUAAGGGUGCUCUUUCAUGCUGGCGCCGAUCCAGGUGGCCAUUUACAGAGGCAAAAGAUAUGCGUUUUGUUGCAUGUCUCAAUGGGAUCUCGAACGCCAUUGAAAGGUCGUUGUAUGCCUGAAGGAGAGGACGGUGUAUGCGUGGCUGAGGUUGUUAUACCGGCAAGUUGGUGGCCAGCCUUACCGCCACCAGACAAAACCUCUCGUGGUAAUGUCCCGCCAAAGGUGCCACAACGUUUGGUGCAGGUUUCGUAUAGUGUCUUUGAGCCACCAUCACGCAACCCAGAGCAAUGCGAACCGAAAGUUCAAAUUCAACCUUUAACAUCGUUUGCACAAAUACCUCUGAUCGCAGCACAAUCUCCAUACAAGGAUCUAAGAGCUGAUGACUCUUUAACCAUACUCUUGCCGCAGAGGCCCCUUUAUCCAAUGUCAAAAAUUCAUGUUCCGGUCUUUUUGCAUCAGCAAGUCGAACAGAAUAUUGCUGUGUUUAUUGUUAGGGCUCGUGUAAAGGCUGGAAUGCGAAUACUUGGUGCAACUACCUCAUCAGAUGAAUGGAACGUAUCUGUGGAAAAGGAAAAUCCCAAGCAUACUGUUGCUCGAGUGACGGCAUUUAGGAAAGAUCAAGAUCCAGAUAGUACGGGAAAAGAAGCCGAAAGUGAAAAUACCACUAGAGUAUUUGAGGUAUUCUCUUGGUUAUUAGAAGUUGCAAAUGACACAAAAGAAAAUUGGGAUGGUGGAAAAAUUGUUUGGUCAGUAAGCUAUGUUUACGAUAGCCCAAAAUUGAAGGAUGCAUCUCCGGAAAGUACAAACGCUACCCCAGAAGAAACCCGAAAGAAGCUCAUUGCUAAAUUGGAGAUCAAUAAAGACGACAUUCAAGCAGUUUUACCAAUAUCAAAGAAUUGGGAACUAAUGAACACUGCGGUACUCACAGGACGUCAAGUUGCUCAAGCCAUGAAAGUUUUCAUUGUAUCACAAGCUGGAAAAGUAGCAGAUGUCACACUGCAGAGUUCUUGUCAUGCCGAAGAUGAAAGCGUUAUUAAAGUAUCAUCAUCUUGCAGUUCAGUUUAUGUAGAUGGCUCUGAGAUACGUGGUUCAUCGAAUGCAUCAAUUAUUGUCAAAUACGGUACAUACAUUGGUUUGGCAAAAUUCAUAGUUUGGAUGCCCGAAUUCCCAUUGGAAGUGUAUGUUUCAGACUUUAGAUUAUCCCAAAUCAAAGGAUGGAAGGUACCUGAUGAACACCAUUACACAUCCAAUUGCAGGCACGGCAAGCAAACUAGGCGUCGCAAGAAGCGUUCCUACGUCUGGAAUCAGAAUGGAGGUGAUGAUUUUAUGAAUGCCGAUAAGGCUGUAUGUCGAGCAAGAUAUCAGCAAAGUCCUGUAGAAGUCUAUGCUAGAUUUUUAGCCACAGAUCAGAACUCUGGUCGAAUGAGUUAUCUGAUAUCCCGAAGAACUGGAUUAAGGGUAACCGAUUUAGUGCAACCCCUGCUGAGAGUGGCAGAUCCCAAGAUAGCAAGUCUAAAAGGUCGUGUUCUUCAGGGUAAAUCGAUGGGACGGACUGAUGUGCAGGUUCUUUCACCAAUAAAUGGAAGAGUAAUUGGUGCUAAGGAGAUUCGAGUGGGCAGCGAUAAAGUCAGUUUAACAAGAUUAAUUGUACGUGUUGUUUCUGGACUUCAACUAACUAUCAAUACUGAUAGCACUAUCGAAAAUGGUUACAUAGCUGAGACAUCUGUUACUCGCCGACUUACGGCUCAGUAUCAAGAAGGUCUACUGGACAUUGAUUUGGAAUUUUCAGAUGGCGCCAGAACACCACUCAGGGACAUUUCUGUUGAUGAUUAUUUCCUGUUGGUCGAAAGUUUAGACACUGAGGUGGUAGCAUUUGCCCCAAUGUUAGCAUCACAUCAUCCACGUGUGAUUGCUGUAGGAGAGGGAAAUGGCGAUCUAUUGAGAGUUACACUCCUACUCUCUGAAGAUUGUAGAGUUCGUCGAAGUAUGCCAAUGACGAAACAGACAAAAUCAAAUCCUGGACCACUAGCAACUGCUCUAGCUUCAGUUCAGGUAGACUUCAAUACAGGAGAGAGCAUUAGCAAACCAGAUACAGUACAGAAUGAUGGAAUUAUGAGAGGAGACCGAAAGAACUUCCGCGAGAGUGGUGAUCUAGCUGAUAUUAUUGUAGGUAUACCAUUAAAAGAUGCCAGUCAUCACUAUGAGCCUACAGUUCAGGCCAGGCAACACCGCGGCAGUAUAAAUACCAUAGGUGGUCUGAGACACAAGCCUGGUCCACAUGGCGAUAUGACUUCCAUGGAAAUUGGGAUGUAUGUUUUACUGACGGCCUUCUGCUUCGCCAUAAUCGUGUUUGUCAUAUCGUGCGUUGUAUACGCAUCGAAAUUCCGACCUCUAACAAUUGAAUCAGGACUCGAAAGCUUACCGAAGGACACAUUUACCGAAGGUGGUUUGCUUAUGAGAGACUCACGACGACCACGAGAAUCAACUACAAAUGCACACGAUUGGGUAUGGUUAGGUCGUUCUACAAUGGACAGGUCAUCAUUGGCUCAAGAUUCAGUAAAUGGCAAUAUUUUCGAAAAUCCAAGAGACUCAAGAAUACGUAUCACCAGCAAUCCAAUUCUAAACUAUUCGGACCCAAAUGAUGCAGUUAAUAGCAUUUCAACAUUUGAUAAUCGCACAAGUGCUCCAGAUUCAAGUAUAAGCACAGACAUCAUUAAUUCAAACACUUACACUAAAAAUGACAGAAGACCCACCGACGAUAGUGUUCCCCCACCUUUACCACCACACGCAAGACUUAGUGAUCGUAAAAAUGAAUAUAGACCACCAGUUCCCCCACAUCGUAAUAUCGGUGUAACAGCUCUUGUAACAAGCAACAGUGAAAACGAAACUACAACAGAAAAGGAAUCUACUAUUAACGCCAUACCCGUUGUCCAAAAGCGCCAUCAUCACAAACACCAUCGGAACCCAAAUCAUGCACACAACCGACGCUCUCAAGUGCAUGGAAAUAUCGAUCUUAUUCGUUGUUACGAUCGACCACCAGAUCAUCAUAUAAAUUUUACUCAAGAACAAUUAAAUUUGGCACUUAAAAAUCAUGUUCCACAUCAGCAACAAGAUGAUUCUUCUCCGGAAGAAGAAGCAUCAUUGACACCAAAGAAAAUUGGUCCUUUGACCGAAGAAGAUGAUGAAAAAGAAAAAAACGAGCUGCACAUGGCCGAAAGACUCGUAGAGAAUGCUGCUCAACAGCAGAAAAAUGCAUUCCAAUUUGAUUCGCUUACACCUAAGCGAGAAGUGGCAGCGCAUAGAGCUAGUUCAUAUGUUAAUAAAUCAGCGAAUGCACAAUCAUCGUCAGAGGAAGAACUACAACAACUGAAUGCCUUGAAAAUUGAUGAAAAUCCAGAAGUUAAGCGGCGACACAGAAAACCAACAACAUCCUUUGUUCCAUCAUCAUCGCUGCCAGAUACGAGCACAAUUAAUUCCAGUUCUGAUGACAAUGGUGGUUUCAUCACGCCGCCCAAAGACGAAGGCAAAUCAAGAAGAAACCAAGUUAAACGUGCCACAGUGGUCGGCAAUCCAAUGUUCUCGACAACAGUCGACGGUGAUAUUGGUCCAGGUGAGAGCCUAGGCCUCGAUGACCUCGACAUGGACUACGAACAAAUCAUGCACUACUUUGAUAAUCUAAAGGAAUCAAAUGCCUGAGUGCAAGAGAUCAUUGCAAAGAUACGCGAAAUAUUAUCGACGUUUCAGCAGCAAUACCGAAGUGUUGCUCUGCCGCCGCCACAACCACCGGCUUGUCCAGAAAUUAAUGUUGAUGACCCGAAUUUUGAAUAUUUUUUCGAGCAGUUGAGUGAGUCAUACGCUUAAAAAUCGAAUGAUAAAAAACCAAAUGCAUUUUCUUCUAACGCCGCCGCCACCGCCGCCUACAAAAAAAAACAACAAUAUAAAAAAGCCAUCAAAAAUAUUGUAAACGUGCGCAUAAACAAAUGAAAAGUAAAAUUUAUAAAAUAACGAAAUAAGAACUAAGAAAACAGAAACUGAAACUGACAAACUAGUAUGGUAAUCAUCUGAGCGCUUUAGUCAGUCUUAUUUACAAUAAAAAGAUAAUAUCUCGAAUAGUUAUUUUUACACCUAAUUACUCAUUAAAUUAUGAGCAAAAGAAAAUCGGAAAAUAAACAAUCGCUUUGGCUAAACAAACAUUGAAGAAAAUAUUUAAAAAAAAAAACACCAAAACAAUAAUUGGAACAACAAAAACAUCUGGAUAACGCGACUUUGCAGUGAUCGUAAAUGAUAACAAUAAUAUAUAGAUUAAAAAGAAAAUAUGACAAAAACAACAGUUUAUAGAGAAAAAAAAACAACAACACAAAACAAAUCAUUCAUAUCAAUCAUUCAUUAGGAAAAUAAUUUUUUAUUAAUAUUGAAACAUACCUCAUUGGAAGAAGAAUCAAUCAAUCUAUCAUUACACAUCAAUUUUAUAAUCCCUCUUGCAUCAUGAUAAACAUACUUCCAAAUACAUUUUUAACAAAAAAUAAACUUAAAAAACACGAGCGACAUGGCACGAUUUGGGAAACCGACUUCUAAGAAAUGUUUUAACAUACGUAACCGAUUUUCAAGUGAACUUUAUUCCAAUGUUCACCAAAACUUUAGCUUAAGGUUAUCAAAAAAUCUCAAAGUUUAAAAAGUCAAGGAAUAAUGAUGGCAAAAAUUCUUCUUAUUUUUCAAGCCCUUUACGAAUGUAAAACAAUUUUAAAGCAAAUAGCAUCGAAUCAUCAGCAUUGAGUUCCUUUGACAGAGGAUUGAUGCAGCUUUGUUUAUGACAGAAUAUGAUGAGCUGCAGUUCUUCUUCAGGAGAAUAUUUGAUGUCAAAUUCAUUUUAACAUUUCAAAACUAAAUCUAAUCUAAGCUGCAAUGUAAACAAUACCAUCAGAGUCACUUGCUCUCAUGAUAGUUUACUGCAACAUCAAAACUAAAACUACAGUUCUGUAAAAUCUUACAUGAAAACAUAGAACCAAGCUAUUUUUUUCUUUUUUUAAAACUUGGAAAUCGGUCAUAACUCUUUUAGCUCACACUUGAAAGUGUAGGCUACCAAAUCUGAAAACUAUUUCCAUCUAAGUUUUGCUCCUAUUUAUUUAUCAAAUGUUUCACUUUAAAAAAAUUCUACACAAAACCUUGUAUGUAUGUUUAUUUUUCCUCCAAAAACAAAUCCACACACCACCUUCAUAAUACUUCUAUAAUUAGUUUUCUUCUUAAUUAAUUAAAAAUAAAAAAUUGUGCUUAAAUUGAAUGCUUCAGGUUAAGCUUGAAGGGAGUACUUCUGUAUUGUAGUCGACUGCAGGCUUAUUUUAUUUUAAUACUUAACAAGUGCUGCAUUUCUUUUGAGGGUAGAGCCAUUUAUUAAAAUAAAGAAAAAUAACUUCAUCAAAUUGCUGGUUCAAUGUUAAAUUCUUUUUUUUUUAUAAAAUCGGAAAAUAAAUCGCUUACCCUAUUCCGUCCAUUUUAUUAUAAAGAAUAAAAAUUAAAAACAUAAAAAUAAAACAAAAAAAAAAACAAAACUAUUUGCUUACUAUAAUUGAAGAACAUUUCUAAACCAGUACAAGAUUUUCCUUCUUUUAUUUUUUGUUUUAUUAAAUCAAAUAUCCUAUCAUUAUGCAAAGUGCAGUAUUCUAUUUAAAAAAAUAAGCAAUUUCAAUUAUUAAAUUUUAUACCAAAACGCACAACAUUAUAUUUUGUAAAUACCUCUCUUCCAAUCUCUAUCACACUAAUUGGUUGGCUCAACCGCAUAAUUAUAAAAACACUUAAAAAAUUUAAAUAAAAAACCACACUACCUAAAUCUAGUCAAUAAACACAAAUGAAAAUAAAAAGGAAGAAUCGAUUGAAUAAUUGAGCAACCGUUAUUUUAUGUUUGUUUAAAUUUAAACUAUAGCCUAAUUGCAAUGCGUUAUUAUCAAAGUUUUAUAGUUUCUUUUAUUUAUUGUUGAUUUUAUAAGUUUUUUUUUUGUAUUAUUUUAGAUUUUAAUAUAUACAUAUUAUGUACCUAUAUUUGUUUUUAUAUUUGUAUUAUUAUUUAGUUAUACAAAUUAUAUACCUAGCAAAUAUUAUUGUUGCUACAAAAAAAAUAAACAAAAACAAAUAAAACAAUAUCAACAAAAUGGACUGACUGCCACAAAAAUGCCAUAAUUUAUAUUACUCUUAAGUUUAAUUUAUUAUUAUAUUACAUAAUAGAGAGUCCAUUUGACAUUAUUAUUUUUAAACCAUUUUAUGUAUAAUGUUUUGUAUUUUUAUUUUUAUUGUUUGUUAACUUUUUUGAUUAAAAUGCAACUAAUUGUUUGCUGCCAUAUUGUAAUAGAAUUAUAGAUGUUUUUUUUUGUAAAAUUUCAAAUUGAAUUAUUUAUUUUGUUUAACAACAGCUGCAUCCCUAGAAUCGGAUUGAAGAAUAUCUGAUCUAAAGAUAAACAAAUCUUUCAGAUAUUAUCACAUAAUAUAUAAAUAUGGGUAAAUUUAAAAUGAAAACCAGUGAUUAAAUUAAUGCAAAGUAAAAUAAAUUUGUUUAAGGUCUGAUUAGACUUGUUUGCUUGCUUCUGAAAGUUAUCAAUGAUAUUAUUUAUAUCUUCUUUUUUUUGCUUUUGCACGUAAUUAAUUCAAAAAUAUUGUUUACAUUUAAGUUUGAAGUCUUUACCAUAACUUUACAUUGAAAAGACAAUGGAAGUGCGAAACAAGAGAUAUACAUUUGUGUGGAAGGAAAGAACCGAGGACCUAGAAAAGAAAAUAAUCUUAAAAAAUUGAUUGUUAAAGAAAAUAGGACAGAGAUAUAAACUGGACCACAACCACUGAUUUUACAAACAAAGACUUUUCAUCAAAACAAAAAUAGUUGAAAAAAGAUUUCUGCAUUAUGCAUGCACAGGCAAUCAAUUCAUUUUCCAAUUAUGAGCAUUUUAAACGCUGAUAUACUUACUUCUCGUGGGAUAAAAAUGUAUUCCCAUUACUUACUUACUUACUUGAGGUGGCGCUACAGUCCGGGGCGGACCUGGGCCUCAACCAACAAGCGUCUCCAGCCAGCUCGGUCCCUAGCUAUCUGUCUCCAGUUUCGCACGCCAAGUUGGUUGAGGUCCUCUCCCACCUGGGUGCGCCACCUAAGUCGCGGUCUUCCUCUACUGCGCCGUCCCUCGGGAUUGGAUUCGAAGAACUUGCGGGCUGGAGCGUUGAUGUCCAUCCGCUCUACAUGACCUAGCCAUCUAAGCCGUUGGACUUUAAUUCUGCUAACUAGGUCAGUGUCGCUGUACAUCCCGUACAGUUCGUCGUUAUAUCUUCUCCUCCCUUCUCCAUCUAUGCGUACGGGACCAAAAAUCAACCGAAGAAUUUUUUCUCUCGAAGCAUCCUAAGACGCUCUCAUCUUUCUUUGACAGGGUCCAGCGCCAUAAAUGAGAACCGGGAUGAUGAGUGUCUUAUAGAUGGUGAUUUUACAUGCUCGAGAGAGGACUUUACUUCUCAAUUGCCUUCUAAGUCCAAAGAAGCAGCGAUUUGCAAGAGUUAUUCUUCGUUUGAUUUCAGCGAUAGUGUCGUUGUCUGAGUUUAUAGCGGUGCCUAGGUAGACAAAGUCCUUAACUACCUCAAAGUUAUAGCUGUCCAUGGUGACGUUUUUUCCAAGACGUCGUCGUUCAGUGUCCUUUUUUGAUGACAGCAUAUACUUGGUCUUGCCCUCAUUGACCACUAAACCCAUCUUCUUCGCUUCCGUCGAAAUUCUCAAAAACGCUCCACUGACAUCACGCUUUGAUCUUCCAAUUAUGUCAAUAUCAUCUGCGUAUCCGAGUAAUUGGAUGGAUCUUUGGAAGAUUGUGCCUCUAGUGUUGACGGUUGAGUUUUGCGCAAUUAUUUCCAGAACGAUGUUGAAGAAGUCGCAUGACAGUAUUCCCAUUAGGGAUCUAAAUAAAUUCUCAAUAGUGCUGGCAUCUUUAAUAAUCAGCCAUAUCAUGAAUUUCAUCGUAAUUGGGAAUUUAUACGAAUGCUUCAUAAAUAAUCAUCUUCCCAAUCGGAAACUUUUACGAGUUCCGAAAAACCGUAUCACGAAAAUUGUAUGUUGUGCUUAAUUAUGUGAGAUUUUCCACUAUGAACGUAUUCGGGGUCCGUAAAAGUUCCCGAUCGCGAUGGAAUUCGUGAAAAGUCUGAAUUAGGACUAACGGAACAUCAUCUUAGAAUCACUUAAGCAUUCAUUGAGAUCCUAGUUAGGAGAUGUCAUUAUAUAUUUAAAAAAAAUGCAUAUCCAAAACAAGGCUGUGAAAUAAGUAACCAAAAGAUUUCUAUCGGCCUUCAUGUCAAUUCAAAAGAAGAUGCUAAAAAAAUCCAGUUUCAAAAUAAGAAGAUGUUAACGGUUACAAAAUAGGAGUUAUUAGAAAUUUAUUAAAAUAAGACCAAAUUAGAUUUCACUCCUUAACUAGAACAAGUUCUUACUGCCAGUUGCAUUUUCAAUUCAAAUAAUGUUUUUUAUUCAAAUAUUGUAGACAUAUUUGUUUCAUAACAAUCGAGUGUCAGUUCUUAGAACCUCAAGUUCGAUACUUUCGUCAAUAAACAAAUAAGGCUGAUCGAUGAAUUCCAGGACAUCAUUUAUGUGUACUUCAGUUUUGCGUCACUUAAGUCUUAUGUGACUGUUGUGAAAGAAGUAACACAUAACCUUGCCCAUUUAUAGGGUAUCUUCAUUCAGUUCAAUUGAAAAAUUGUUCCUCCUCUUUGUGUAAUAAAUGAGUGUCAAAAUGUAAGGCCUAAGAUUCUUGAAAAUUAUAAAUUAAAUAACAUCUAUUUAUUUAAAUGUGAUGAAAUGUUUCCAUACAAAUUUCUAUUUUAACUCACACACUUCCAUAAUAAACAAACUGUUUUUCAACAACAUUAAAAACUUUUAAUUACAUUGCUUCAAAUUUGGUUAAAUAAAGUUUUUUUUUUAUUAUUAAAAUUCUAUAAUUUCAAGCAUGCUUUGGAAUUGAUUAACAAACAAGCAUUUACUUAUUUCAUUGAACUUUUAUGAGCUUAAAUUACUUUUUAAAAAAAGCAACCAACAAAUUUUGACAACAACAUAUUAUAUAAACACAGCACUCGUGAUUUCUAACUUAGAUUUAGUUAAAGGCUGCUGAGUUUGUUUAAACAAAGAAAAAAACAACAAUUAAAUAAAGAUUGGAUUUGACUGCUCCACCAAUUUCUUAAAAUAUCCAAAACAAAAUUGAAAAUUGUACCCCUUUACAUUAAUUUUCUAAUAUUAAAAAGAAAAUAAAAACAAAAUAAUAAUAUGAAUGCUUGCUGAAAUUUUCAAUCAACAAUCUAAAAGCGAAAACAUGCGAAAAUUACGCUAUAGUAUUGCAAAACAAUACAAAAACUAAUACAAAUAUUAUUAUUAUUAUUAUUGAUAUAAAACAGAAAUAAAACACCACAACAACACAACACUGCACUGUCUACAAUACCAUCUAGUUAUUCUUUUGGAAAACAAACAAAUUAGUCUUAAUUUUACUAUUCGUUUAGAUCAAAUUUUAAAUGCAUAAAUAUUGUAGUUGCAUAACAAAAUGCUCCCUCAUAUACAAUCAUAAAUAAUUUGAUCUCAACAAUUAGCAAAAUAAUUACUAAUUUUAUACAAUAAUUACCUUAAAAAUCAAUCAUGAUUAAAUUCUUUCAUCAUUAUUACUGCGCAAUAACAUUAAAACAACAACAACAACAAAACUAAAACCAUUUUAUAUAUACCACAUAAAUAUAAUGUACUGCUGCGAAUCAUAUACAUAAGAAGACAAAAACAAAAAUAUAUAAAUUAAAUAAAAACGUGUAAUAAAUGUAACUACUUUAUUUAUAUUGGAACUUUAUAAUAUAGUAACUAGAAAUUACAAUGCAUAUUAUUGUAACUUCAAUAGAAUAUAUUUCUACGUAAAGCCCAAUAAAACAAACAAAAUUAUGUAUUUGCUAAAAAUAACAACAAAUAAAAUAAAAAAUAAAAAACAUUAAAUAUUAAAUACUUAAAGCCAUAUACGCAGGAUUUAUAUAUACACAAACAAAAAAUCAUGUCAUUAUAUAAAUAGAUAAAUUAUAACUAGUUAAUUGAAAAUAAACUAAAUAUAUAUAUUAUAACAAACUGUAUAAGCAUACGAUAAAUUUUAUAGAUUGAUUCAGAGUAAAUGAUAUUCCGUAUAAUAAAAUAAAGAAAAUAAUUAAAAACAAAAACAAAAAAAAAUAUUAUUAAAAUACGCUUCAAAUAAAAUGACACAUAAAACAUGAGAAACAAAAAAAUAUAACGAUCCACAAUAUCUGUAAAAGUUUCGUAAAAUAAUGUUAAUUAAAAUUUAUAAAAUGAAAAUUAAAAAAUACGCUAUGCUUAAGAGCAAUCUAACUCAUAUAACAAAAAGCAAACGUUACGGCUAAAUAAUGGUUAAAAUAUUUCAUGCAGCUGAAAGUUAAAACAUAAAAUAAUUAAUAAAUAAAUGGCAUAAUUUAUAUAAAGGUUUAGGUACUAAGAAAUUGAUACAGAAAAAAUAAUAUAAACAUAAAAUUCCACAUUCACAAGAUCUCUAAUAGGUAAUAAGUCUGUAAAUCAUUGUCAUUGGAGAUCAUGUGAAUUAAUUAAAAGUAAGCGCAAACAUUUAGAUAUUAUCUUUGUUUACAAAUUAAUAAAAAAAAAAAACUAAAAACGCAUUAUUAUUAUAAACUAAUAAUAUUAUCAAAGCCAAUUAAAUGAUGCUUAUGUACCUUUAUUAGCAAACAACAAAAUUAAAAAUAUAUUAUUGACAAAAACAAAAACAAAUAAAAAUUAAACAAAAAAUUGUACGUAACCUAUUAUGAAUGAAAUACAAAAUAUUGAACUGAUUGAGCUGAAUACAGAAAUAAUUCUUAUAAAUUAAACCAAAACAUAAACAGCAUAAUAAAUCUAAUUAUAAUAUUACACACAUUUAAAAAUGCUUUCUCUUAUUGUUGUUUAUAUAAAUAAAACAUAAAACAAAAAAAAAAAA